AUUUCAGAACUAAAUUCCCUAUUGACUCUUUUUUUUUCCUUUGCUUUUUCCUUUGUUCCUACCCAAUAUAUAACUUAGACUCUUGAUUCUUUAUCACAAGAAAAAGUGCACUUUCCUUCCAUUCUCAUCAUCUUAGACCUUCAACACCAUCAUGUCAUUAUCACUUCCACUUCCACUUCCAUAUCAAAUGAUCCUUUUCCUCUACAUUCUCUUCUUCCCUUCCUACAUGAGUCUCACUCAUCCUAACUCAACAUCAUCAACCCUUAAUCCCAUUUUCCCAACAACAUUAACAAUCCCUUCAUUCCAAGAACAGUCUUAUGUUAAAGGCUGUCCUUUAUCUCUCUCAAAUGAACUCUUCAAUGGCAUAGAAAGUGCAUGUAGUUCAUCAAAACAUGGUUCUAAUAGUAAACUCGACCGUAGCCGAUGUUGUCCGAUUCUUGCAGCAUGGUUAUACUCUUCAUACUCCUCCACUGCCCUUGGAAACCAUUCAUCAUCAUCGUCGUCGUCAUCAAGAUCAUCAUUUGACAUGCCUUUGGUGCCAGAUGACUCAGAAACAUGUGUGGAUGGUUUGGAAAAGGCUUUGAAAGUGAGAGGAAUUGAGCUUAUAAAACCAAAUGAGAGUUGUGAUUUGGUAUAUUGUUAUUGUGGAAUUAGACUGCAUCCUUUUAACUGUCCUGAUGCAUUUUCUGUUACAAAAAGUGGAGAACUUGUUGGAGAUGGAAGUGUGAGGAGGUUGGAGAAGAAUUGCUUGAGUAAGAAGAAAAAUGGUAAUGGAUUUCAAGGUCUUGGUGGAUGUUCUAAGUGCUUGAAUAGUCUCUAUUUGCUUAACAAAAAGACUUCAAAUUUAAGCAAAGAAGAAGACAGGACCACAAAGAUUCACAACAAAGAUUGUGAGCUAAUGGGCUUGACAUGGCUUCUGUCGAAGAAUCGGACGGCUUAUAUUCACACGGUUACUAACGUUCUUCGUGCUUUGUUGUUGAACAAAGAUGGAUCUAAACCACAAUCAUGCACUCUAAAUAGUGAUGGAAUGCCUCUAGCUGUUGAUUCAUCUGAGUUCUAUGAUCAAUCUUCAUCAACCAAACUCCAACAAACUUUGUCUCUUUCUUUGUUGUUGUUACUUUGUUUGGUACAAUAUAUGCAUGUUAUUGUGCUAUCUUCAUGACUCAAAUCAGAACAAAAAGAUAUUGGUCUCAAACAUGUCAUUUUUUAGAUUUUAUAAUCCUUAUUUUGGUGCUUAGGGAUGCAAUUUUAUGUUGUUAGUAAUUGAGAUAGUGUAAGGGUAAUUAAUUGAUAUGAAAGAAAAAUACUAGUAGUAUCUAAUUAGUGUUAGAAUGUUGUUAGAAGCUAGCACUAAAAAAUAUAGGGUUUUUAUUUUGGUGGGCCAGAGACAAAUGCGUUGUUUUAAAAGAGAAACAUUUGGGACUUGUUUGUGUGGCUUCCCUUUGAGACUUUUAUGAGCUUCAUAAGAUAUUUAUGAACACCUUACUUUA